AUGCCAACCGGACGCCAGCUAAGCAUCAACGUUGAGCCUCUCUCUAUACCGCGACCAGCUCUGCCUGUCGCUCCUCCCGUAUCGUCUGCGCCUCCUCCGGUUCGCCAAGUUCCGUCGCCGGCCGCCUCUGAGGCCAGCCGUGAUGAUUCAGAAGCUGCUACUCCGGUAGUUGGAACUGCUACUGGUGGUGGAUCGGGAACUGGAACUGCUGUCGAGAACGCAACUGGUGGGCGUGGCGGCGCGGCCAGCCUAGAGGGCUAUUGCAAGAGCAACAAGCAAGGCGGCUUUAAUCACAAUAAUCCCAAUCCCAAUCCCAAUCACACACUCAAACGGCCGGAUGCCCACCUUGUGAUUGAUCCCACCGUGUCUACCAUAUCCGACAUCACGCCAAUUUUGUCUCCCACGAAGCGACCUUGCCUCCGAUCGUCAUCCGGAUCGAUUCGCUUGGGGCGCAGCAUAUCGCAGCAUUCAGCUUCAGCCAAGCAGCAUCCCGAAUUGCCGCCUGGCACCAACCUGGGCUUCCCAGCAACCCCGGCCGACAUGCUCGGCCGUCAAAACGGCGAAUACGGACACCAGGUCGUGGCCCGCCAACUUAUGCAGCGAGCAAACGCCGUUGCCGACUCAGCAACGACGGCCGAGCUGGCCGCUUCCUGGCCUGUCUGUGACGACGAUCCGGCCACGCCACGUUCCUCUCCGCUGCUUUCACCUCUCCUUCCUCUCCGCGACCUCAGCAUUGUCGAGCUGCUCGACCAGGAUGACCGCCCGACCUUCAUUGUCGAUCUGACCGACAAGGCCAAUUUCCGUCCCGGACCCCUGCAGGCCGUCUUCGCCAAUACCGCCCUCCGAGCAGAGCGGUCCGUAUUCGGUCCGCUUGUCAACACUGCCUACGUCUCGACGACAGCCAGUCAGGCUACGCAGGCCGAGGACUUUGUACGCUUCAAGGGCUGGCUAUUGACUUUGGCCCGCAGCAAUGGCCAGGCCCACGAAAGAAAUCCGUCGGUCUCGUCCACGACCUCUAACUUCUCCUUGCCCUUUUCACUCGCAGGCUUGCGGUGGACCUGCUCGACCCUUCGCCAGCGCUACCGGGUAGUCCGCGGCUCGCAUUGCAGCUGCGCCGACAGCGGCAGCUUUUCUGCAGACGCCAGGAACUGUAUCUCUAACACGGCGGCUGUCCGGGUGCCGCCCCAUUCCACAUGGGUACCGGAAGGCACUUUGGCGUCGCCGACCGAAACAGCGGCCGAUGGAGAGGAUUACUUUGGCACCGCAAAUAUAACAACGGAGGCAAACUGCGAUAACAAUAUAGUCCUUUUGGGAGAGGACAGGGCACACCUGUCAUAUGACUGGACCCAAAUUGAAUUGACCGGCGACACUCCGCAACACAUCAGACUCGCCCGGUCGAUAGAUUGGGCAGCAACACCGCUUGGCCCUGUCGAGCUAUGGCCUGCCGAUCUCCGGACCAUAUCGAACAUGGUUAUGGGCAGCCCGAACGCGGCCAUCAUGUACUGGGGGCCUGAGUACACGGCCAUCUACAACGAGGCGUACGUGUCGCUGGCCGGCCGGCACCACCCAGGGCUGAUGGGAUCGAAAACCCCGCUGUUAUGGGGCCAGGACUGGGCCAACGUGCAGGCCACUUUUCGGACUGUGUGGAAUUCGGGCAAGGCUAUGAUACGGUACGAUGACCCGGUUUUUAUGAACCGCAGCGGGUUCCUUGAGGAGACGUUUCUGAAUUGGUCUAUUGUUCCUCUAAUCGGCUCGGACGGGUCUGUGGUGGGCUUGCUGAACCCCGUGUUCGACAAUACGAAGCGUUGGGUUAACGAGCGUCGGAUGCAAACGCUUAACGAGCUGGGCGAGAUGACAUCCAAGGCGCAGACGGUGCAGCGAUUCUGGCAUUCUGUAAUGCAGGGUCUCGAGAAAAACCAAUACGACAUACCGUUUGUACUGGUGUAUUCGGUAGCCAGCAUCGGUGAUGACGACGAGAGCGAGCAGGCGGCGAUGCACUCUAGCGGCAUAGGCGACUCGGCCAACCCAACAACACCACCUCAGCUCAUGUUGGAGGGAUCGCUCGGCGUGACGCCAGGCCACCCGGCGGCCGUGGCCACGCUGGACCUGCAUGUGAGCAGCGAUGGCUUUGCGCCGUACAUGCGGCAGGCCAUGGGGACGACAACGACGGGCUCGGCGACAGAGAUGGCGACGCCAACACCGGUCGUGCUGUCAGCCGAAAAGGGGACGCUUCCGGCGGGGCUGCUGACCGGUCUUCAGGGCCAGCGCGGUUUUGGCGACGACUGUCACACAGUGGUGGUGUUCCCCGUGUACCAUCCGACAGCGCUGACGGCCGGGACGGGCUGCGCAGCACUGGUAGCCGGGUUUAUCGUGAUGGGGGCCAACCCACGGCGGCCAUACAACCGGGAGUACCAACUGUUUGUGCACCUACUCGCGCGGCAGCUGACGACAUCAUUUUCGUCGGCCGUGCUCUUUGAGGAGGAGACGCGGCGGGCGGAGCGGCUGGCACGACGGGCGGUCCGUGACAAGCAAGAGCUGUCACAACAGCUGCGGUUGCGGACGCAGCAGGUGGUGGAAAGCGAGAACAAGUUUAUGCGGAUGGCGGAGUUCACGCCGGUGGGCAUGUUCGUGACGGACGCACGCGGACGGAUCACGUACUGUAAUGACAUGUGGUGGGAGAUUUCGCAGUUUCGGCGGCUCACGCGGGGUGGCGACAAGACCAAGGGCGAGUCGGAGUCGUUUCCGGCGUUUCCGGGCGACGACGAUGUGUCCGUGUGGUCGUCGUGGAUGGAGAGCGUGGAGGUAGAGGACCGGGCGGGCCUGGAGGCAGUCUGGGAGCGGAUGGUGCUGGAGAAGGUGCAGGUGACGCACGAGUUCCGAUUCCGGCAGAAGACGAGGCAGCCGAUCAACACGCGGACGAGCGAGAAGACGGAGAUGACGACGUGGGUGCUGCUGCGGGCUUACCCGGAAAAGGACGAGAAGACGGGCGAGCUGAAGAGCAUCUUCGGCUGCAUCAUGGACAUCUCGCAGCAGAAGCUGGCGGAGGCGUUUGAGAGCCAGCGGCGACAGGAGGCGGUGGAGCACAAGCGGCAGCAGGAGAACUUUAUCGACAUCACCAGCCACGAGAUGCGCAACCCGCUGAGUGCGAUCCUGCAGAGCGUGGACGAGAUCAUGACGUCGGUAGCGGGGUUUCGGGCGGCUGUGGAAGCCGGUCAGGCCGGCGACGUGGCGGCACUGGACGACCUGCUGGAAGACGUGCUGGAGGCCAUCAGCACGAUUUCGCUGUGCGCCAACCACCAGAAGCGGAUUGUGGAUGAUGUGCUGACACUGUCGAAGCUGGACUCGAAGCUGCUGCUGGUGCGGCCGACGGCAGUACAGCCGGUGAUGGUGGUGCGCACGACGUUGAAGAUUUUUGAGGCCGAGUUCUACGCGCGCGACAUCCGUUGCAUACUGCGGGUGCAGCCGUCGUACGAGUCGCUGGUCGGGGCCGGCGGCUGGGUCAAGCUGGACCCGUCGCGGCUGGCCCAGGUGAUUAUCAAUCUGAUCACGAACGCGGUGCGCUCGACACAGGCGAGCGAGAAUCGGACGAUCAUGAUCAGCCUGGGGGCGUCACGCGAGGGCGAGUUGAUGACCGAGCCGGGCGUAGUCGACGUGGCCGAUGACGUGGCCGAGGGCAAGCUGGUGUACAUCCCGCGACGGCUGGACGAUGCGGACGUGCAGCCAGAAGGACCGGAAUGGGGCACCGGCACAAAGCUGAACCUGCACAUCGCCGUGGCCGACACAGGCAAGGAUCUGAACAAGGGCGAGCGCGAUAUUUUAUUUCACUCCUGUGCCCACAAGCUGCCGAGGACCCACGUCGAGUACGGCGGCCCGGGUUUGGGCCUCUUCAUCAGCUGGAACCUGGCCGAGCUGCAGGGCGGCCAGAUCGGCGUGGCCUCGCGCAAAGACCAAGGCAGUGUCUUUGCCUUUUACGUCAAGUGCCGCAUGGCUGACGAGUAUCCGCCAAACGGUCAGUCGGCCGACGAAAUCAUGGGGAUGCCGGCUGCCGGAGAGCCGGAGAACCGUUUCGUGACCGUCUACUCGAUCGGCCUAGAGAACGGCGGCUUAAGCAUGGGCAUGAGCUUGGGGAUGGCCAACAGCGACGACACAGAGGCGAGCCUGGCUAUGGCCGGCCCGAGGGUCUUGCCGGCAGCCCUGCGCCACUAUCACUCUUCGCGUGCAGCCGUAUCGACGGCGGUUGACUCGACGGCCGACAACAGUCCGACGACAACGCCGGCAACGCCGACAACGACGGCAACGACGGCAGCGCCGAUGCCGCAUAUCGGUCUGCCGCUCUCGGACGACCUACCCUGUCUGGACGUGUUGAUCGUGGAGGACAAUAUUGUGAACCAGCGGGUGCUGCAGCGACAGCUGGAUAAGUGCGGCAAUCGCACUCACGUGGCCAACCACGGCGGCGAGGCCCUGGAGGCUCUGCGCCGAUCGCGUUUCUGGCGUGACGGUCCGGCGGCCGACGAGCAGCACGACAUAGUUAUGGACGCUGUCGUUGGCCAGUUUGCCGCCCUGGACGCAUCCAAAGACAAAGACAAAAACGCCAGCAGUCUCGGUGGUGAUGGCGGUGGCGACAACGGCAACGACAGCAACGACAGUCGCCCAGCCACCAGCAUCAACAUCUCCAUCGUCCUCAUGGAUCUCGAGAUGCCCGUGAUGGACGGCUUGACGUGCGCCCGUGCCAUUCGCGACCUCGAACGGUCCGGCACGCUGGUGCGCCACGUCCCCAUCAUCGCCGUGACGGCAUAUGCACGGCCUGAGCAGAUUGAGAACGCCAAGGCAGCCGGCAUCGACGACGUGAUCGCAAAACCGUUCCGGCUGGCACAGCUGAUGCCCAAGAUACUAGAACUGGUCAGGAAGUACCAGACCAUAUAA